AUGGAGCCGCCCACCCCUGGUUCUCAGUUCAUCACCCGGAAUUCCAAGAAAAGGGUCUUUCCGGCUGGAAGCUCGUCGUCGGGGCUUAAGGCGGCGGAGGUUUUGGAAGAGACGGCGUCUGGUAAAAGAAUUGCAGCUUCUUUCAAGUGUAACGAGGUUAAAGCGGCUUUUGUUCCUGAAAUAAUAGAUGUCGAUAUAGAAGAAGACUGUACAGAUAUCAUGCUUAAUGACCAAGCUGACAUAAAAGGCAAAGGCAAGGAUAUCCCGUUCAAUAUUCUAGCAGAUUUCAGUAAUUUAUCCAACAAUGGAUUUGGGAGUGACACCAAAAACUCGAAAGAAAUUAUCAAUUUGGAUGAACCCAACUCUAAUUUGUUUUCGGGAGAGGAAGAUUGGAUAAACACAUACUAUGAUACCAUAAUAACACCUGAUGACCAUUCGAAUGCGGUUUUGCAAUCAAAGUUUGAUCACACGAACUUAUCGUCUGGGGUCGAAGGUCCCUUUUCCUGGCUGCAAAGCUCUCCUCAAAACAUUACGAAUAGUUCGAGUUUGAAAGUCAACUCAAAUAAUGGCCCCAGUCUUGCUUUCGGCCCUAGCUCGUCUGACUCAAAUAAUAGCCAGGCGGGCAUAUGGAUAACAGGUACUCCAUUUUCAAAUCCAGGUGUUGAUUGGAAGCCAUGGGUUAGUACUUAUAAACCUCAGAAUUAUCCUUUCUUAUCCUUUGGAAAGAAUAAAAUGGAUGCCUUCUCGUCAAAUGUAUAUCCUCCCAUGCUCAACCAAUUUGCUCCGAGCAUGAUCAAUCGGGGCAUAAUGAGACCUUCUGGAUUUAUGAAUGCAAGUGCUUAUGGGCCCGGGAUGAAUUAUUUCGCUACUGAUCAGAAUGUACAGACACCUGUUGUGGUGCAUAAGGAUUUGGAUGAGAUUAAGAGAAACUUUGAAGCGUUUAAAAAGUUUGAUACUGUCGAGGAUUUUUCGGAUCACCACUUUGCCAAAAUUAGUGCUGCAAAACAGGGGAAACCACCGAAGAACUGGGCCAAGAAAAUACAGGAAGAGUGGAAGAUUCUUGAGAAAGAUUUGCCUGAUACAAUAUUUGUGAGGGUCUACGAGUCCAGACUGGAUCUCUUGAGGGCCGUGAUCGUGGGGGCUGAGGGCACACCGUAUCACGACGGUCUCUUUUUCUUCGAUGUUUGCUUCCCUAGCAACUACCCCAAUAGCCCACCUAAAGUCCAUUACCAUUCAGGUGGCCUUCGGCUAAACCCCAACCUCUACAGUUGUGGUAAAGUGUGCCUGAGCCUUCUCAACACUUGGAAUGGGGGAAAAGAAGAAAAAUGGCUGCCAAAUGUAUCAACUAUGCUGCAAGUAUUAGUCUCGAUCCAGGGACUUAUCCUGAAUGCUAAGCCUUACUAUAACGAGCCUGGAUAUGCGAGGUUAAGCGGCACCAAAGCUGGAGAAAAUGGGGCUUUGGAAUAUAACGAGACAACGUUCCUUUAUUCCCUGCGAACUAUGGUGUACACUAUGAACAGGCCUCCAAAGCACUUUGAGGCUUUUGUGUCGGGUCACUUUGUGAACCGCGCUCGGGAAAUUUUGGUCUCGUGUAGGGCCUACCUGGAAGGGGCCCAGGUGGGUUGCCUGGCCCGUGGGGGAGUCCAAGACGUGGACGAAGGGGACAAGAGCUGCUCACAGACUUUCAGGGCCAGCCUGGCGGGCUUCAUGGCCACGCUUGUGGAUGGGCUCACGAGGACAGGGGCCAAGGACUGUCACGAGUUUCUCCCCUCGGCCCAGAAAGGAUUCGGGCCCAGCUGGUUGCAGAAUAAGAAAGAGGACACUCAGGCAGAGCAUGUUGCUGCUACCUACAGCUGGUUGCAGAACAAGGGCUGA